AAUAAGAGGAACGUAGAGAGGGAGAGAUGGUGAAAGGAAGUAAGUAUGGAAAAGGGGUAAGAGAAGGGUUUGAGUGAGACAGACGAUGACAUUGUUGGUUGCAGCUGUUCUGUUGUUACAUGAAAACUAGAAAAAAAAUAUAUAUUAAAAGAAGAAAGAAAAGAAAAGAGUAAUUGGGAGGGGGAGAGGGAGCUGUCGCAGGGGCAGUCGUCGGCGAUCCGCAGCUCGACAACUUAUAUAAAACCAAGCUAAAACCCAGACCCCCGAUGCAAAAGACAGGCAAAAACAAAAGAACCCCAAAAUUUCUUUUCAUUUCUUCUUCUUCCACUUCUGCAUGCCCCUUUGAAACGUGGCGCUGCUUCCUCCUUUUUCGUUUCCUCGUCGACUCUUUCCUUCGUUCUCCUAUUUCUUUCUCUCUUGUUUUUUUUUUUUUUGCUUGAUUCAUUCGCUCAUUGUGGUUUAUUGAAGCGGACGACCGACAUUUGUCCUAAGCUUCCGCUUUCGAUCAGUCACCUCGCUUCCUUUCAGUCUCCAAGUUUGUUAUGAGGGCAAUAUAAAAGCUUUGAUUGUCUAUGAAGACAUUUGAAUCGUGGGAUGCGCUUGUCAAGAAAAGGAAUGCUUUAUCUGAAGGGGGAAACUGCGGAUUUAAAAUGAAGCAGCUUCCAUUUAUGGGAGUUAUUUGUGCAGUUAUGUUGUUCAUUGUGUAUAGAACCACAAAUUAUCAAUACCAUGAGACAGAGAUGGAAUCAAAGUUGCACCCUUUUGAAACAGUAAAGGAUUAUCGAUUGCCUUCUGGGAAAUUAAAAAGUUUGCCUCGUGGCAUCAUGCAUGCUCAUUCAGAUUUGGAACUAAGGCCUCUAUGGUCAAGGAGCAGUUUGCGGUCAAAGGUUAAUGUUACCAUGAAUAAGAACUUGCUGGCAAUGCCUGUUGGUAUCAAGCAAAAAGAAAAUGUUGAUGAUAUUGUGCAAAAGUUUCUUGCAGAGAAUUUUACCAUUAUUUUAUUCCAUUACGAUGGUCAUGUGGAUGGAUGGUUGGAUCUUGAGUGGGGUGACAAAGCUGUUCACAUAGUAGCUCAUAACCAAACAAAGUGGUGGUUUGCAAAGCGCUUUCUACAUCCAGAUGUUGUGUCUAUUUAUGACUACAUAUUCCUCUGGGAUGAAGAUUUGGGAGUGCAGCAUUUUGAUCCAGGAAGGUACCUAGAAAUUGUGAAAGCAGAAGGUUUGGAGAUUUCUCAGCCAGCUUUAGACCCAAAUUCAACAGAAAUACACCACAGAAUCACUAUCCGCGCAAGAAUGAAGAAGUUUCAUAGGAGAGUCUAUGACCUCAGAGGUAAAACAAAGUGUACGAGUGCAAGUGAGGGGCCACCAUGCACUGGUUUUGUGGAGGGAAUGGCUCCUGUGUUUUCAAGAUCGGCCUGGUAUUGUGCAUGGCAUCUCAUACAGAAUGAUCUUGUUCAUGGAUGGGGAAUGGAUAUGAAACUUGGAUAUUGUGCACAGGGUGAUCGCUCAAAGAAGGUGGGUGUGAUUGAUAGUGAGUACAUUGUUCAUAAGGGUAUUCAAAGUUUGGGUGGGAGUGGGCAUUCCACAAUGACGACAACAAUAAAGAGUCCUGGGGCUUCAGGUUUUGAUCUACGAACUGAGAUUCGGAGGCAAUCCACUUGGGAGCUUCAAGUUUUUAAAGACCGGUGGAAUCAAGCUGUAGAAGAGGACAAGAGCUGGGUGGAUCCAUUUGUAAGAUAUCAAAGGCGCAGAAAACAUAAACGUCACCAAACUUAAAAAGUUUUUUAACUCAUGACUUAACCAAGCAGCUGGUUGGAUACGUUAGAUUGGCUUCUUCACACAGAUACAGCAGUCUCUCAUCUAUACUUGUAUUUUAGUUCCUCUAGGCUUUGGUGAAUGCUCAUAAUUAUUUCAUUAUUUGAAAUCCUCAUCAUUUUGUUCCCUUCCUUCGGAUUUUGUCUAAUAUAUUUAGCAAUACAAGUCUUCGUUUUCCCUUUUUGUCUUGCUAA